AAAAUUAUUGACAUUGACAAAAUGCACCUUACAUGACAUUUAUUUCUAGUUUCUUCGUUAAAAUGUUAAAAUAAUUUUAGAGUACGACGUAAAAGAAACUAUUGUUUCUAACAGGUAAAACAAAAUCAUUAGCCAACCACUUUUCAAACUAUGUCUACAAGCAGGUUAGAUGCUGUAUACCGAAGUAUACUUAUAACCAAAUUCUUUACAAAAGGUUGGGGUAAACCGGAGAAUUUACGAAGGUUAUUUGAAUUCAGAAAAAUAGUUUCGAAUCGGGAUGAAUGCUUUAAGUUAGUAGAAAAAGACUACCCUGUCACUAUAACCAAGGAACAAAAUCUAUCAGACUGUAAACUUUUAGAAGGAUAUUUUCUCACACCGUUAGAAAGAUAUCUACCAGGAAUAGUUCCGGAAAUAGCACAGAAAGCGCACUUCCAAGCUCUGCUGCCAAUUCACUGGCAGGAGAAAGGAUGCAAGCCAGUCUGCCUCCAUCUCGCCGGCACAGGUGAUCAUUAUUUCUGGCGACGCAGAAAUCUGAUGGUGAAGCCGCUGCUCAAGGAGGCGGGGAUCGGCGGCAUCAUUUUGGAGAAUCCCUUUUACGGUCUUCGAAAACCUACAGACCAAAUCCGCUCUUCUUUACAUAAUGUUUCGGAUAUAUUCGUGAUGGGAGGAUGUCUUAUACUGGAGUCUUUGGUGCUGUUCCACUGGUGUGAACGGAACGGACUUGGACCUCUAGGAGUGACUGGCCUAUCUAUGGGUGGACAUAUGGCAUCAUUAGCAGCAACAAAUUGGCCGAAGCCGCUGGUCCUCGUACCUUGUUUGUCCUGGUCUACUGCGUCUGCUGUUUUCUUGCAGGGUGUAAUGUCUCAUUCGAUAAACUGGGAUUUACUAGAAGACCAAUAUUUAUCUGACGGAGUUUACAGAGAGAAGUUGUCAAAGAUGGUGACGAUCGUAGACGAGGCAUUUCUAGCUGGGAAGAAAUUCGCACGGACGUAUUCAGAAAGAGUCAAAAUAGGAAUACAAACAAACACGCAGAUAGAAAAACAAGAACAUUUAAUAAAGAGUUUGAAAUGCGAUUCGUAUAAAGAUUUAAUAAUAUGCCAAGAGAAUGAUAAAGCGAAGCUACAAGAUGAGAAUAAAAAAAUAGAUUUAAACACAAAAGUGCCUAUUAAAAUUGUCAAAUCUGAGGGUACGCGGGAAUUUGAUAAUUUAAAUAAUGAAUUAAAUAUACUUCUGAGUGAUAUUAAAAUUAGUAAAACACUACAUGAUAAGUUUACAUCUAACACGACAUUUGAAUUAGACGCGAAUGAUAUAUCAGAGAUAAAUAAAUUAAAUAAAAAAGAACUAAACCAGUUCUUGUUGAAAUUUAAUGUUGCCAGUGAUUCUGAUAAACAAAAAACGACAGAACAAGUUCCAGAUACGACAGAUAAAUUAAAACAAACUGUAAAUUUGACUACCAGUGAAACACCAAGUAAAGAAACAACAAACUUGAAAUCUGUAAAUAUAAAUACGGAAAAAUCAAAAGAAACGGAACAAAUACAGAAUGAACAAAUCGAUAAAAAAUCGGAAAAGAAAUCAUGGAAUGUAUCCGAUUUGACAUCGGAUUUUUGGACGAAUUUACCUUUUAUAAAAUCGGGGAAGAAGAUAGAUAUAGGUAAAAUACAUUGGAGGGACAGAGAGGCGUUACAGUUCAUGAGGGGGAUUAUGGACGAAUGCACUCAUUUGAGCAAUUUCUCCGUGCCAUAUGAUACUUCUUUAAUUAUCGCGGUAUGCGCUAAGCACGACGCGUACGUCCCUCGCGAGGACGUCGGGCGGCUGGAGGAGAUCUGGCCCGGCGCGGAGGUGCGCUAUGUGGACGCGGGGCACGUCUCCGCGUACAUCCUGCACCAGUCCGUCUUCAGGGCUUGUAUUAUAGAAGCUUUCGAACGAUCGAAGAAAAAAUGGAAGGACGGAAAACACAUCGAAUGAAAAUUGCCUUACGAAUUUUGAGAUAUUUUCCAUCCAUUUAUAACCUUAUUGGAAUUUGUCUUUGAAAGUUUUGCUCAAUUUAAUGGAGAGAGAACUUGAUACCUCCCUGACGACAAACUGUUAAUUAGAAAUUUCAUAAUUUCUAAUGCGAUUUAAGACUUUUUGCAAAAGUCUUGCAAAAACCCAACAUUAUGUUAACUAUUAAUUUAAUUGUGCAGCUAAAUUUAUUCAACAUAUAAUAAUGGAUUAAUGUUUUUGUUAAACCUGACAUAAAAUAAUUUAACAACUGAAAAAUUAUCCAUAAUGAAAAGUCAGCCAUAGUCUUCGUGUGGACUUCAAACUUCAUUUUUUAUCUCUUUCGCACAUUUAGUUAUCGCAUACGUUUGUCCCUCUCACACCGGAUCAGCACAAUUAUCAACUAUAAAGUCGUGCUUUUGCACGCAAAAUAAGUGUCAUAUCAAUAAAUAUGCGCAAAAUCUGCAAUAUUAUAUCAAAUAAUUUAAAAUGUACAGAAAUUAGUUCAUAAUGUUAGCGUACUGAGAAAAUCUAUAUAAUUAAAAUGUAUUAACCUAAUAAUUCUUAACAUUUCCAAUUACAGUCAGCAUUAAAUAAAUAAUAACCUAAACAAUGCAUAUGUCGCCGCCAUUUUUUAAAUGUUGAUGUUAAUUGAAGUUGCCAGUGUCAAAAAAUUUUAAGUUUUUUUUAACUGGCAACUAAAUUUUCUUUUUGGAUGUUAUAUUUUAGUAAUACUUUUAUAUGAAAAAUGGUGCCAAUGUUUUAUCAUUUAUCAACUUGUUGAAUAUAAUUCGAAUGGUUUUUAUGUUUUAUGAAUGUUAUUCUGCUUGUCUAGUCCUGUAGUUAUUUGGAAACUGAAUUUUAUGUAGUUUUAUUGGUCUGAUGGUGCUAAAUGUAAUGACCAAUUGUUGCAAGUGGUCGGAAUUUAUGAACCAUGAAAUAAUCGUGAAAUUGUGAAGUUAGCAAUUAAUAUUUCUUGAAUAAACGAGUGUUCGAUUAAAAAUUAUGGGUCAUUUCCGGCUGUUUAGUAAUAUUAAAACAUAUGUUUUCUUAAUUACUUUUGGAGUUGCUAAAACCCUUUUGUUGUAACAAAUAACGAAAAAUGAUGCAUAAUUCUGUAUAUUUUCAAGAAUUGUUUAUUGCUCCUUAGUACAAACUUUUGUCGCUUUUAGAAAUGUUUUUCUUGUAGCAGCACUUUAUUGUAAUAUUUGUCGUGUACAUAGAUUAUAUAGUCUCUUUUGAGAUUGUAUUUUUAUAAAUAAAAAUAUAUUUACUUCAUA